ACCUUCCAUUAAAUUACAAAUAGACGAGCUGGUCUUUCUAGCGUUCUCUCAGCGAGCUUGUAAAAACAAUCCCUUCUGUGCGAAGCUGUAAGCUCUGAGAUUGACGAUGAUCGAUCGUGCCCAGCUGCUUAUGGUGGGGCUCCCCCUCAUCAUCUUCUGCUCCGACAUCUUGCGCCUGUUUUCUCCUCCGCUUUCCAAGCCGGCUGUGCCUCACCACUCACCGCCGGCACCUGUCAUUCAACAGACUCAUGUCCUAGAUUUCCCCGCGCAGACUGCUAGUGGUAGAACGGGAGCAAUCGGUUUGGGAAACACUGUCAGCAUUGAUUUCUGCUCUUCUUGUUCCUACAGAGGAACUGCUGUCACAAUGAAAAACAUGCUGGAAACUCAAUUUCCUGGCAUCCAUGUUGUUCUUGCAAAUUAUCCUGCUCCGCUUCCAAAACGUUUACUGAGCAAACUUGUACCCGUUGUUCAGUUUAGUGUUAUUGGUAUUAUAAUGGUGGGUGAUCAGAUUUUUCCAAGGCUGGGUUUUGCUGUGCCUCCCCCAUGGUAUUACAACUUGCGUGCGAACAGAUUUGGAUCUAUCGCUAGCACUUGGCUUCUUGGAAAUUUUCUUAAUUCAAUGCUGCAGAGUUCGGGUGCUUUUGAAGUGUCAUGCAAUGGUGAACUGGUUUUCUCCAAGUUGAAGGAAAAGAGAUUUCCUGGGGAAAUUGAGUUGAAAGAUUUGAUUGACAGAAGAAUUGCAAGUGGAGGGGUGAUGGGUGAUCUUCGUACAACUGUAUGGUCCUAAAAGUAGAAGAGUUGUCUGGGUAUAUAAAUUUUCUGUUGUUUUUUGAACUUAUGUAAACGUAGCUUGUUUCUCUGUGUAAUAACUGCUUACAUUCACGUCAAGAGCAAGACAUUAUUUUGCUGGGGUCAAGGGUUUCACUUGUAUUUUUGUUGUUGAAGAACCGAAGUUCCAACUCUAAUUCACUUGGUUUAAGCCCUCUGAAUUUUAAGUUGGGUAUUGACAUUAUUUUUAUUAGUCUCUUUUGAUGUGCCUUUAUUAAGCCUUUUAAAGGGUGUGCAUGGCCG